CCGUGCAAAGCAAAGUAUCUUCAGUGAUUGCUGAAGAGGUUGAUGGCAGUAAUUACGAUGUCUAUCCGGAUAUCAAAUAUGAAUGGUGGAACCCAAAUAUGGAUAUUAACGCAAAAACCUACCUGGAUGCAUGGGAUGUAUUAGAAUAAAUUACCGCUGAUUUGCUCUCCACAGAUAAACAGCCCACUUCACUGAUGAGGUCCAAGACACCCAUAAGAGAGGAGGACUGAGCAGGCCCCUCGCCGGCACAGCUCUCCUCUGGAGAAGCCCAGGUGCAACAGCAGCAGGGGCAGCUUUUCCCCAUCCAAGUCCCUAGGACCCUAUCGUCCUAAACUCCACAUUUCCUGUCUUAGUGGGACCCCGCGAGCGUUCAAAACUGUUUCUCCAACGCUUCUACCAAAAACUCAGACUGUUUUCCAGAGCAGAAGCAGCGGUUGGGCCCAGCUGCUCCUCCUCCCAAGGGGAAGCCAUGGGGAGCGUGCGAAGCCACCGCUACAGCAUUGUCUCCUCCGAGGAAGAUGGCAUGAAGCUGGCCGCCAUCGCCGCCGUGCCCAACGGCUACGCCAACGGCACGGUGGCCAAGGUUCACGCGGCGCAGCAGCAGGCUGUGAGCCGCUUCGUCCAGAAGGACGGCCACUGCAACGUGCAGUUCAUCAACAUGAGCGAGAAGGGCCAACGUUACCUUGCCGACCUGUUCACCACCUGUGUGGACAUCCGCUGGCGAUGGAUGUUGAUCAUCUUCUGCCUGUCCUUCCUCCUCUCCUGGCUCUUCUUCGGCUUCGUCUUCUGGCUGGUAGCGCUCUCCUACGGCGACUUGGAGAACGAGACGCAGAUGUGCGUGUCCAACGUCAACAGCUUCACCGCCGCCUUCCUCUUCUCCGUGGAGACGCAGACCACCAUUGGCUACGGCUACCGCUACGUCACCGAGGAGUGUCCCGUGGCCGUCUUCAUGGUGGUCUUCCAGAGCAUCUUCGGCUGCAUCAUCGACGCCUUCAUCAUUGGCGCCGUCAUGGCUAAGAUGGCCAAGCCCAAGAAGAGGAACGAGACGCUGCUCUUCAGCCACUACGCCACGGUGGCCAUGCGGGACAGCAAACUGUGUCUGAUGUGGCGCGUGGGGAACCUGCGCAAGAGCCACCUGGUGGAGGCCCACGUGCGCGCCCACCUCCUCAGGUCGCGAACCACGGCCGAAGGCGAGUAUAUCCCCCUGGACCAGAUGGACAUCGACGUGGGCUUCGACAGCGGCGUCGACCGCGUCUUCUUGGUGUCGCCCAUCACCAUUGUCCACGAGAUUGACGAGGACAGCCCCUUGUACGAGAUGAGCAAGCAAGAGCUGGAAACGUCCCAGUUUGAGAUGGUAGUGAUCCUGGAAGGUAUGGUGGAAGCCACGGCCAUGACCACCCAGUGCCGCAGCUCCUACGUGGCCAGCGAGGUUCUCUGGGGCCACCGCUUCGAGCCAGUCCUGUUCGAGGAGAAUAACUACUACAAGGUGGACUACUCGCGCUUCGAGAAAACCUACGAGGUGAGCAGCACGCCCCAGUGUAGUGCCAGGGACCUGGCCGAGAAGAAGUCUCUGGUCUCUUGCUCCAACUCCUUCUGUUAUGAGAACGAGGUGGCCCUUGAAAAAGUGGAGAUGGAGGAGACGUUUGAUGAGGAGAAAGAGGAGGAUGGGGAGGAGAAGGAGGAGGUAAAAAUGGAGGAUCAGGGUGCUAUUGAGAACGGCAUUGAGAAUGCAACACUGGAGGAGACAAACACAGACACAGUCUCUGUACAUUCUGAACACAAUCAGGAUACCAGGAGUCUGACGAUGCCUUCAGAAGCAAGGCCUCUAAGACGAGAAUCAGAAAUAUGACUGCAGAGAUGUUAGGGGGGAAAUACUACAUGAAAUACUAUUAUGAUAGGUUUGACCUUUGCUCCUAACGGCUGUCUGUACUACUGCAGGAUGGCUUGACUGUGAGGUGAGUGUCAUUUUCUGAGGAAGAUACUCAGGCACAAGUGAAUACAGAAUUAACAGACCAGAGAAAAUGAUGCAAUAUUAUUUAUUCUCUUCACACAAGUCCCUCAUCUGGUGGGAGGCGAUGGGAGAUUGACUGAGAGGAGUUGAUGGCUCUUCUGGCCCGUGGCACUAUAGGAAUGAGACGGGUUAGGUAGCAUUUUAUACUGUGUGUGUGUGUGUGUGUGUGUGUGUGUGUGUGUGUGUGCGCGCGUGCGUGCGUGCGUGCGUGCGUGCGUGCGUGCGUGCGUGCGUGCGUGAGCCUUUGAAAGUAGCAAGAGAACAUUAGAAAUUUGUCACAUUGAGACAUUCCACAUGAAAAAUUAUAUAUACCUAUACUUUAGUAGUAUUACUAUAUUUAUUUACUGUAGUGUUUAUGCGGAUCUGACUGUAGCAUACUGUAGUAUUUACUAUAGUAUUUUUGCAGACAUUACUGUAGUAUACUGUAGUAUUUACUAUAGUGUUUUUGCAGACAUUACUGUAUUAUACUGUAGUAUUUACUAUAAUGCUUUUGCAGAUAUUACUCUAGUAUACUGUAAUAUUUACUAUAGUGUUUUUUCAGACAUUACUGUAGUAUACUGUAGUAUUUACUAUAGUGUUUUUGCAGACAUUACUGUACUAUACUGUAGUAUUUACUAUAGUGUUUUUGCAGACAUUACUGUAGUAUACUGUAGUAUUUACUAUAGUGUUUUUGCAGACAUUACUGUAGUAUACUGUAGUAUUUACUAUAGUAUUUUUGCAGACAUUACUGUAGUAUACUGUAGGUUUUACUAUAGUGUUUUUGCAGACAUUACUGUAGUAUACUGUAGGUUUUACUAUAGUGUUUUUGCAGACAUUACUGUAGUAUACUGUAGGUUUUACUAUAGUGUUUUUGCAGACAUUACUGUAGUAUACUGUAGUAUUUACUAUAGUAUUUUUGUUUUAUUCCCUUUUUUAUUCUCUUUUGUUAUAUGUGGUCUAUCUGUGGCACUAAUUGGGGUGUGGGGAGGGGAAUGUGCAGGACAUAUGCAAAUUCAAUAUUAGCAUACCAAUACAACAAAGAAUGAUAUAGUAAGCACUACAUCAGGCUUCCCCAACUAGUGGCCCGCGGGCCGAAUUUAUUUGGC